GUUUCUUUCCCUAGUUGGAGUUUUCUAUCUUCUUGCUGUUGCUUUCAACAUGGUUGACAUCGUUCCUUACAUCUGGCUUGCACUCCCAUACAGGUGAACACAUGGAUUGGGCGUCUAAUAAUCCUGUAUUGGCUGCUAUGCUCAUGGCAUUUGCACAGAGCGCUGCCCCGAUGAUACAUUCACGGUCUGCUUCUGGCUCUCCUUUGGGUGUGCAGCAGCCUUGGCCAUCAUCUCUCAUGCUGCAGCGUCUCCUUGAGCAAGGAUCCCAGGCCCAACCAUCACAGGCCUGGCCUGCAAAUGCACCGCCGCCACCUACCUCAGCAGACGGUCUGCAGCGUCAAUGCGCCUCCCUUCCAGCCUCUGCGACGCCAUCGAGCACAUCGCAGGUUUGGUCAGGACUUACAGAACAGCAGUACCAGCAGAGCCUCGAGGGCAAAUUAUCCGACGUACUUCAGACAGUUGUGCAGCUGGGUGCCGAAGUUCUGCUGAUGUUUUACCAGCUCGCACAGCAGCGCUCCGGGGAAUCUACGUCUUCCCAGCUUGUACAGCAAAACACUUUUAACGUCCCUCCUAGCCCCCCUGCGCAGCGGCGUCAGCAACCCUUUGCUGAGGGAUUUCCGCAACCCAAGUGCUUCCCGCCAGCUGUUCCGGAUUUGACGGCGGCAGGUGGAGGAGAGCUUCCACAGCAACAGGGUAAUUGCCCUCCUUGUAUGUCUGCGCAUGCUCCACAGGAAACAACCUUGCAUGUCCCGGCUACAACUGGAUGCCUUCCCCAUCUGCUGUCGUUGCAGACAAGGCUGCAACCUCCAGUCGAGAGCGCGGUCGCUGAAUCUUCUCAAGGCACAGGCUUGCAGUCGGCGGCUGCAGACUUAAGACGGACAGUCGUCCCUGAGCGCACUGCACAACCGGGUGACCUUACUCCACUUACGGCUGCUCCUGCCAUUCAGGGGACAGCUCCUGAAGUCCCACCUACAUCUGGAGGCUGUCCGCAUGUGAUCCCCAUGCCAGCUACGUCUCGACUCCCAUCUGUGAUCUCGACGCACACAACGUCUCAAGUCCCACCUACAUCCGGAGGCGUCCCACAUGUAAUCUCCAUGGGGACUUCUCAGGUCCCACCUGUGUCAGAAUGCUCGCCAUCAUAUCUGAUCUCUACUCAGACAACUUCUCAGAUGCCACCUAUAUCCGGAGGCCUCCCACGUGCGACCCCCAUGCAGGCGAGAGAUGGGCCUGCCAGGCCAUUGGUUCCACGCACCACGAACCUGCCAUCGACAGCUGCAGACCUGACACCGACAGUCAGAGCUGACAAUGGAGUACAUCCAUCCCUUCGUUGCAAUGUUUCGCGGAACCCCCUUCUCCAGAUCUCGGAUGGCGCCAAAAGCUAUUUUCGGGAGUAUACGGAAGAACAGAAACGAAGGAUGAGAGGCUUGGCGAUGCUUGUGUAUGGUGUUGUUGGCGAUGCACAACGACAACCUUGUAACAGAGGCGAAGGAAGUUCGUUGCCAAGUAACGUCUACACUGCUUCAAAGUGGGUGACACCUGUGCAGACUGUCCCGACCACGAGGGGAAGGAAGCGGAACGGUCCAUCGAGUCCUUGCUCAUCGUGUUCGUCGGCCGACCUCACCGACGAGGAGGCUGGCAGCUUAUCUGGCAUGCAACAUACCGACGACAACAACUCUCUUGUGCCAUCUAUAUUCCAAAUAAAAACUGGAAAGAUAUAUGACACUGUCGCAGCCCUGCGAGCAGCCCUUAGGCAGUCGGCGGCAGCAUGCAACUUCAAGUAUAAGCAUGCUGGGAGCCAUGAGAUUGCCAGAAGCAGCGAGAUGGCAGAAGGAAAGGAUUUCCGUCAAGUCUUUGCGGCCACUGCUGCUACUUCGCUAUGUUGUGCAUCCUUUGUGCAGGUUUUGCCUGCUCAUUAGAUCGUCUUCGGCGAUCUACGAAGAGUUUUCCCUGAGCGACACUCGUAGCUUAGCGUGC